AUUCUGAAGAAGACAAACUUUCAAACUGAGGAAGCCUCAAAAGAGAACGUCUCACCCAUAGACCUCAAAGGGCUUGGCAGCUGAGAUAAGAGCAACCUGAAGAUGAAACUCUCUGCCACCUAUGAGCUGUUAGUGGAUGGUGUUGGGCCGUGGGACUUCACUGGAGGCUUUGUUCCUUGUGAGCUGCUGCUUACUGGAAAGGAUGCUUACCCUGUGCUUGUGAGCUCUCAGAAACAAGUUCUGAUCGCUGUUUCACGGUAUGGGAAGGGCCGGAUGGUGGUUGUUUCUCAUGAGGGAAUCUUGAAGGACUCCAAGUUUUCCCGUUUCCUCAGAAAUGCUGUGGACUGGCUCAAGCCCUCCCCUGGGGCCCUGGUUGGUGUCCAUCAUCGUUUGGAUUCCCUCUCCCAGCUGCUCCUCAGGGCUGGCACCAAAGUACAGGCAGGGGCAGAGCUCAGCAGCCCUGUUGGGGUGUAUUGUAUGGAUGCCUAUGACAGUACUCAUGCAAAGAACCUGAUUCACUUUGUAAAGGAAGGUGGGGGCCUGCUCAUUGGAGGCCAGGCCUGGUACUGGGCUAGUCAACAUGGCAAGGAGAAGGUACUGUUUGAAUUUCCUGGAAACCAGGUGACAAGUGUGGCUGGUGUGUACUUCACAGGAAACACUGUGGGAAAGGGGAUCUUCAAAGUUGCUAAGAAGAUACCAAAGAUUCCCUUACUUGUCCAACAUCAUGCCGAUCUCAGCCUUGACACCGAGUUUCUCCUGCGUGGUGUAUCAGAGCUGGAUAUUGUGUCAGGGGGCAUACCCUCCAUCUUGCUGGUGCAUGGUAUACUCUCCUUCCCGCUCUGCCUUGACAGCUCACACCGCUGCCUCUUAGCUGCAGCACGCUAUGGCAAAGGGCGUGUUGUGGUGGCAACUCAUGAGAGUCAGCUGUUCUCCCCAAAGUUGGCUGGAUUCCUGCUCAAUGUUGUCCAGUGGCUGGAUGCAGGGAAGAAGGGUCUGGUGGGUGUGGAUGUCAGCCUGAAGAGACUCUGUGAACUGUUCUCUCCAGGGGAGGUGAAAUUCCAGGUGUCACACCUGACAAGCGAUAUGAGUGUGUACUGCUGCCCUUGUUACAGUGACAGAGAGGUGGAGAAGAUUCAUGCUUUUGUGGCAGAGGGAGGUGGCCUGCUGACAGGAGGUCAGGCCUGGUACUGGGCUUCCCAGAACUGUAGCAAAGCUGCUGUGGCAGAAUAUCCUGGCAACAAAAUCCUCAACCACUUUGGGCUCAGCGUUCUGGGUCUGAAUGUUCAGGCAGCUAAAUACCCAGCUGUGGUGCCUGGGGAGCACUACCACUUCCGCAAGGCUCUCUCUCUUUUCCAGAGGCAUGUAGAUAAGGGUGAGGAGCUCAAAGUUCCCUUGAAGGACUGGCUGCAAAGACUGACACAAGACUGUGCUGCCUUUCUGCGCAUCCCAGCUGAAGACUGCCCGGCAUAUGCCUCGCUCCACCGCAUCCUGACCAAAAUGCUUUGCAGAAGUGGGAUCCCACAUGUCAGCAAGCAAUGUCCUGUCCAGAGCAACUCCAAAGAGGCAGCCCUUCUCUGUAUGGCAACUGAGCUGUCCCGUGCCAUGACAGACUGUGCAACUUUAGUGCCGAAACCUACCAGUGCGGUCUGUGAUGUUCCUGUUACUGUGGAAAUUGAUGGCACAAACCUAGGCAAGACAGCCUGGAGGAGCACAGGACUCUAUCUCCCUGAAGGACGCACGGCAGUUAUAACAUUCCCUUGCAUGGUGGUUGGGGCUGGUCUGCAGGUGCAGAUAGGAUGUCAUACGGAUGACCUUUCUCAUGCCACAAAGCUGAAACGGGCCCCAGUGAUGAUACACACCUGUGAUAUUACCUGCCAGAAGCAGUCUGUUUCCUGUCUCUGGGGUGGCCUUAUUUACAUCACAGUACCAGGAAAGAGUGUCCUGGGGGAAGUGUCCUUCACCAUAGAAGGGGCAGUCAGAGCUCCAUUCUUCAAGCUUGGGGAGACCUGUGAAAGCCAGUGGCAGGCCUAUAUCCGGCAUUACCCUGCUCCCUGGGCAGAAUUAGCUAUUGAGAAUCUUAUCCUGACUGUACCAGCUGACAGCAUUCGCCAUAUAGAGAACCCAAAGCCACUGCUUAGGCUGUGGGAUGAGAUCAUGGUGGCAAUAAGCACACUGGCAGCCAUACCAACAAAAUUCCCAAGGCCAGAGAGGAUUGUAACAGAUGUCCAGAUCUCGUGUGGCUGGAUGCAUGCUGGCUACCCCAUCAUGGGCCACCUAGAUUCAGUGAAGGAGAUGGUAGAUGUGAAGCACAUGCAAAACACUGGUCUUUGGGGUCCCAUCCAUGAACUGGGACACAAUCAACAGCAGCAAGCAUGGGAAUUUCCCCCUCAUACUACAGAAGCUACCUGCAACCUCUGGUCUGUCUAUGUGCAUGAGAAGGUGCUGGGGAUUCCCAGGCAUCAGGCCCAUAAGGCACUUAGGUCACAGUGUCGGGAGGAGAGGAUAAGAGGGUACCUGAACAAAGGUGCUAAACUAAAGGACUGGGAAAUGUGGACUGCACUGGAGACAUACCUGCAGUUGCAGGAGGGCUUUGGUUGGGAGCCUUUCACCCACCUCUUCUCUGACUACCAGAAAAUGUCCACCAUCCCAAAGGACAACCCUUCUAAGAUGAAUCUGUGGGCACAGAAGUUUUCUCAGCAGGUGAACAGGAACCUGGCUCCUUUUUUUAUGGCCUGGGGAUGGCCUAUCAGAAAAGAGCUGGCCAUGGAACUGUCCUCUUUACCCAGCUGGGAAGAGAACCCAAUGAAGACCUAUAAUCCUAAAGAAAACACGUCCAGACCUUGAUUCUCAGGAUUAGCUACAGCCUGUCAUUUUCUCCUUGUAUGCUGUAUGAUAUGCUUUACCCUGAAUUCUUUAGCUUUUUGUUGGCUUAGAAUAAAAGCCAACCCUGGUAGAAACUCAGCAGAAACUUAUGUGCUGUUUAGCUCCCAUUUAAGCUAUCUCCUGAAGAGUUAAAUAAUGCACGAGCCUUAUGAUGGGUUCUUCACCUCAGGGGGAAUUUAAUGCUGGGUGGAUUUAGUUCCUGCAGAACCUUUUUCUGCUGAAAUUGAAGUUUUCAGGGUGGGUCAGUCACUGGAGCAGUCUCAAGGACAAUGAAAAUAGCAUAUGGAUCCAUAUGGAUCCGUAAGAAGAUAGUAGCCUUCGUAAUGUUGUAUCCUUCAUGAAUGCAUGAUCUUAGCAACACAAGAUUUUCUCUACUGAUUUGAUUGCCUAUAAAAUUCCUAGUCUUUAAUCUCUCUAAGUAUGCAGAACUUCUACACCUGCUAUCAUGAAAUUAAGUGACCUUGUAGUGUUUACAUACAGAGGCUGCUUAGCUGAUACGGAAAAACUGUUUAUUUCUUUCUACUUUAUAUUACUGUUUGACCCAAAAUCCAGCUUUAUCUGAUACAAGUCAAUGAUGAAUUGUACCUGUCACACUCACUUUAGUCUGUAAGCAAGAUACUAUGAGCAAACCAUGCAGGAUGGGAGAGCAAAAACAAAAAGAGGUGAGUUGAUUGUAGUCAAUAAUGGUUUAACACAUGGAUUCAUUAAGGUUUUGUUUAAAAAAGGCACUGACAUGACAGCAUGAGGGAGCAGUGAGGAGGAAGGCAGAAGCUCGGCAACAUGGAGCAUCAGCCAUGGAAGUUAACACUUCCCUCAGCUCAUAGUUUCUUGGCUUGUACAGCACACUGUUGACCACACCAGGGCUGGUGAGGGUAUUAAUGCUUAGCCUAACAGCAUGCUAGUCCCAACUCACACCUUGUGUAUCAGCAAUAAAUAAGAUAAUUGUA